AUGCUUUGGCUACGAGAGUCUAAACGCGUAAUCUUUGAUCCUGGUGCUAUAGUCAAUGGUUCUACCACCACAGCAACAGAUGGUACUCACUAUAACGAGGAUAAGAUUUCAACCUGUGACCCUGAAGUUUUGACAUUGGAUGAGAGAACAAGAUUCAAAGAUUUCCAAGAUGACUUCAACCCACUGAAAAAUGGUGAAGUCAAACGUAAACUUUCUUCAAGACAUAUGACGUUGAUGAUCUUAGGUCAAUGUAUUGGAACAGGAUUAUUUGUAGGAUUAGCUGCCCCUUUAGUAUAUGGUGGUUCGUUGGCCCUUUUCUUGGGGUUCGUAGCUUAUGCUGUUUUAAUGAUUUGGCCGUUGAUGCAAUGCGUGGGGGAAAUGUGCUGCUACUUACCAUUAAGAGGAGCUUUUGUUCACUUUUCAGCUCGUUGGGUAGAUCCAGCAUUAGGAUUCGCAGUUUCCAUAAUGUACUUUUACACUUCCACAAUGUAUAUCUGCUUAGAAGCAGUUGCGUUUGGUGGUAUCAUAGCUUAUUGGAAACCAGAUAUUAACUCAAGUGUAUGGAUCACCCUUUGUCUCAUAUCUUAUGCUUUAUUAAAUGUAUGGGGUGUCAACUGGUACGGAGAAAUUGAAUUCUAUUCUUCCUUAGCCAAGGUCUUGUUAAUUAUAGGAUUAAUGUUGUUCUCAUUGAUCUCUAUGUGCGGCGGCAACCCAAAAGGAGAGGCCUAUGGUUUUAGCAAUUGGCCCAAAGGCGGGUUGGUGAAGGAAUACCUUGCUACUGGUGCAUGGGGCCGACUAUCUGCGUUCUGGAUGGUGAUGAUCUACGCAGCACUAAGUUGUGGAGGACCUGAUUUACUAGCAAUUUGUGCUGGUGAAGCCAGAAGACCUCGCCAUACAAUUUCAUUAGGUGCUAGAAGGACUUAUAUUCGAAUUUAUUUAUUCUAUUUUGGUGGUAUCUUUUUCAUGAACACCCUCUGUGCUUCAAAUAACAAAGAUCUACUUGUUUCAUUGUCUACCUCAGAAGGUGCAACAGCCUCUCCUUGGGUCAUUGGCAUUAAAAGUGUUGGUGUCCACGGUUUGGAUUCCAUGAUCAAUGCUGUAAUAUUGUCAUCCGCAUGGUCGUGUGGGAAUGGCUUUUUUUAUGGAUCCACGAGAACAGCUUAUUCUGCAUCUUUGGCAGGAUAUUUACCUCGAAUAUUCUCCAAAUGCUUGUCUAAUGGUACACCUAUUACGGCUGUGAUUUUGGUGUUUUGCCUCUCAGGUUUGUCAUAUUUGGCUGUGGGGUACUCCUCUUUCACCGUAUUUCAAUGGUUUAUCAAUCUAAGCUCAACGGGUAUUCUAUGCACUUACUUGUGCAUAUGGAUCUGCUUCUUUAGAUUUAGAGCAGCCAUGAAAGCUCAAGGAAAAGACAUUGAUAGUCCUGAUUAUCCGUAUUUCAAGGCACCAUGGUUUGUUCAUCCAUUUAUGUCGUAUUUCGGAUGCUUCUUCAAUGCUGCUGUGCUAUUCUUCAAUGGGUAUUGGAUAUUCUUACCUGGCCAGUUCUCAGUAACGAAUUUAUUCACUACAUACUUCUCUACUGUCCUCUUUGUCGUGCUCUACUUUUCCUGGAAGUUUAUCAGGGGUACCAGCUUCAAGUCAAGCACAGAGGCAGACAUUACUACUGGGAAGGCAGCCAUUGAUUUUCAGGAAGAAUUAGAAAUUGAAGAAGAUAGAAAAGCAAAGGAAAAUCUCGGGAAACGUUGGAAAUAUGGUUACAAGGUUUAUGAUUUCUUAUUUACAUGA